CAGCCACACCCACUUGCUGCUUAAUCAGUGAUAGUCAACAACGAGAAUAAUAGAUUUCCUCGGUGAUCUUUCUAAGUUAAUAUAAUUAUGGCAUCAAUUCACAAGCAGAGCUCACACACAACCAAGAAAUUCAGCUCCACAUCCAGUAAUGACGACAGCUCUCGACACAGGUCGUCGGCAGACGACUUGUGGGACUUCUACCUUCCCGUCAGUCGCAAGGGCCGCUUCUUCCAGGACUCGUCCUUCGGCCAAGCACGCGAUGAGUUCGAUUCCGCCAUUAAAGAUGUCCUGAACAAGUGGGGAGAACCAGACCUCUUGAAGGACGCUUGGGACGACUCCGACCUGCGUCACUCCGACAUCCUCAGCCGCUACAGAAAGUUGCGAUCCCACAACCUGAAGGAGGACAGUCAGGCCGUCAAAAUCACCUCCGACAACAACUGCCACAAGAUUGUGAUGGACGUGCACGACUUCAUGGACGGGGAGGUGAAGGUGAAGGUGGUGGGCGAGAGGCAGCUGGUGGUGGAGGGCCACAUGGACGCCACCAAGGCCAGAGACUUCGCUCCCUCCUCACACACAUUCACAAGACGCUUCUCCCUCCCAGGCGCCACCAACAUGGACGCCAUCACUUCCGUCAUGUCGCUAGACGGCAUCCUUACCAUCACUGCUCCACAAACUACAAAUCAAGCAAAAGCAGACGAUUCAACCAUUCCAAUCAAGGUAACUGGAACACGGAGCAGCGAGGCGGAGAGCCAGAGCACCACCUCCCAGGCGGCGUCGGCAACUGAGGACAAGAGUGAAUCCCACAAUGCUGCCGAAAAAGUUAGAAGUGGUAAGACGAGUACCACCGCGGAAAAUAAGGAGAGCACAAACAAAGAGAGCGAGCAGAGAGAGCAUGUGCAUGGUGCUUCCACGGGCAGGAGUGCCUCGACCAGCACCCAGCAGACCAGCACCCAGCACUCGACAGGGAAGCAGACAGACACUGAGACCAGGACGCAGAAACCAACACCUAUGUCCUCUACAGAUUUCCGUGACAUUCCUUUCUCUGUGAGAGAUUUUGAAACCAUCAAAAGAAAAGGGCAUUUCUUUGACGAUUCUUUCUUCGAAGAUACCCGAUCAGACUUCCAGAACGCUGUGAACGAUGUGCUCAGGAAGUGGGACACGACGGACUUCCUGAAGGAGGCGCUGGACGAUACGGACGUGCGACUCUCCAACAACCUGAAGCGCUACAGAAGGUUGCGAUCACUGGACCUGAAUGAGGACAACCAGGCGGUCACAGUCACCUCUGACAACACCUGCCACAAGAUUGUGAUGGACGUGCACGACUUCAUGGACGGGGAGGUGAAGGUGAAGGUGGUGGGCGAGAGGCAGCUGGUGGUGGAGGGCCACAUGGACGCCACCAAGGCCAGAGACUUCGCUCCCUCUUCACACACAUUCACAAGACGCUUCUCCCUCCCAGACGCCACCAACAUUGAUGCCAUCUCUUCCGUCAUGUCCUCCGAUGGCAUCCUCACUAUUAUUGCUCCAUAUAUUGUAAACCAAGCAAAGGAAGAAUAUUCGACGAUUCCCAUUAAAGUGACAGGAACGAAGGCUCGUGUGUCGGAGACCCACAGCUCAACCUCCACCUCUCACCCAACUGCUGACAGUUUUUCUUCAUCCGCCAGCUCUAAUCUGACGGAAGCGACAGAGGAAGGAUGUGCUAAAAAUGAAUUUAAACAAAAUGUUACCGAAUCAGUUCAUCUUAAAGAAGAUAAAGUUGUAUCAACAAAAGAUAAUACAACUGAUAAAGUCGAUGGGAACAUGUCACAGCUAAAAGGAUCCAAAGAAUCUACUGAUCAGUUUACGUACUCUCAAGAAAGGUCAAGCAAUUCAGCAUCCGAUAUCACUCAAGUAAACUCUGCCAUCAAGAAGGCUGAGGAAGAGUCUAAGAAACAAGACGACGAGGUGACUACGGCUUCACAUGUCUCGUCACAGACAAGCGUUUCUUCUAAGAUAUCUGAAGAACGAGAGUCUAUCAAUGACUCGAAGAGGGGUGUCGCUAUCCCUAUCAAGACUAGAGGACUCUUCUUCAACGACUGUUUCUUCGAAGACACAUGGAAGGACUACCAGGACGCCGUGAAGGACGUGGUGGUUAAGUGGGGAGACAGUUCCACCUGUGACGACAUGACCUGCUACAGAAAACUACGAACUCGUGACUUGAGGGAGGAGAACCAAGCUGUCAAGGCUUCAGAGGAUGACUCCAACUAUAAGUUUAUUUUGGAUGUACAAGACUUCCUGAAGGGUGGAGACAUCACGGUGAGGGUUGUAGACGAACGAGACCUCGUGGUGGAGGGCCACGUUGAGGCGGAGGCUGGAGGCGCCAGGGUUUUUAAACACUUCAGACGACGUUUCGUUCUUCCAGGCGAUGUUGCGCUUGAAUCUGUGUCUUCUGUGAUGUCCUCAGACGGAGUGCUGACCAUCAUCGCGCCAAAGAAACACUCAAAGCUCAGCAUGAAGGAAAGUGCUGAGGCUGCGGCAGUUAAAGAGCUGGCAGAGAGCGUCAGGGAGUCUAGAGAGCAAGAGGUGAGAGUGAACACCCAGGCCAACACACAGCAGUCAACCGAAGCCAAAGCACACACUGAUGAGUCCUCUGAUUCAUUUAUAAGCAUCUCUUCCUCAUCAGUUGCCAGAGAGUCGUCGGUGGACCAAACAAAGGAACACGCAAUUCCAGUGCAAAUUAAGACACAAAAUCAGUUGGAGAAGUCGAGCGAAGUAAAGGUAGAAGCUUGUGAGCGUAUUUCAGAGAAUGCUCAACAAAAGACAAGUGGUGCCCAGGAGACCAGCGUUAACUUUGAUAACGCUGCAACUUAUAAAGACGCUGCUGAAAAGAACUGCAGUUUCCGGGAGGAGAGCGACAAUGACGCCGUCCACCCUCGGCUGCUGCAAGAGGGUCGCGCCAAGUUUGAAAGUGACGAUGACACAGAAGCAGAAUCUGUUACAAAAACGAAAGAGCAUGUGGAAAUAGACCCAGCCUACAAAAACAGGCUCCUGCCGAUAAAGAUAAGGGGACUUUUCUCCGACGACUCCUUCUUCCUUGAGUCUCGCCAGAACUUCAAGACAGCCAUAAAGGAUGUGCUGAAGAAGUACCACGAAGUGCCCUCCCAGGACGACGACGGUCUCUCCUCCUACAGGAACCUGCGUCUUAAGGACCUGAAACUGGAGAAUCAAGCGGCCCACGUCGACGACGAUCGGUACACGCAGAUGAUACUUCUUGACGUGUACGAUUUUCUUGGGGGGGAAGUGACAGCGAAGGUGGUGGAUGGUCUGGAGGUGGUGGUGGAGGGGCGAGCCCAGAGGCAGGCAGGAACUUCUCUUACCACACUCAGCUUCCUCAGGCGCUUCCCACUUCCCGACCGUGCCGAUCUGACGGCCAUUAUGGCUGUCAUGUCCUCCGACGGCGUCCUCCUCAUUAUUGUUCCAAAGCUCAAGAAGUUCCCGAAAGUUAAAGCUCUCAGCAAGGAAUCGUCCGUCGAACGACAGUCGAGGACGGACUCUGACGUGGGACGAUGUUUGCGGGAGAGGAACGUGAGAGACUCAUCUUGGGAGUCCGAGGGUCGUAGCCCCCGUUCCUUCGUUUCCUCCAGGCUUCGAAACUCUCCUGAAUUUUCCACUUUUAUGAAGGAAAUGUCUACGGAGAGUCAGCAGUCACGGGCGAGCAGUCACGGCGAGGCAAGACGAUCCUGGGAGGAUAGAAACUUGCAGGAGUCGUCGCAGGACUCUGAGGGCGUCUCCUCUGGCUUCUCCAGCAGCGUCCUCCAUUCCCACCAGCACUCCUCCGCUGACCAGUUCUAAGAACUCUUACCUCUCGUCUCAUCUCAACUGAUUAGUGUGCUUACUUUCAUAUAUAUAUAUAUAUAUAUAUAUAUAUAUAUAUAUAUAUAUAUAUAUAUAUAUAUAUAUAUAUAUAUAUAUAUAUAUAUAUAUAUAUAUAUAUAUAUAUAUAUAUAUAUAUAUAUAUAUAUAUAUAUAUAUUUACAAUACAGAAAAGACUAACGUUAUUAAUCUAGUUACAAUAAAAUAUUUUUCGCUAAAGUAUUUAAAAAACAAAAAAAUGAAUCAAUUGACACUGACGUCUUGAAGAACAGCGACUGGCAGGAAACUACAGGUGCCAGACGACUCUGAUGACGUCAUCGGACUCGACUGUGAAGACCUGACAUUCCAAAAAAUUUAAUUAGUUUUAGAAAUUUCAUAAUUAGUAAAUUAAAAUUAAGUUCGGCAACAUGAAGUAUAAUAUAUAAACAGUUUAUUCAAUGCUUCACCAAAGAGGGUUUUCCUCAAGAUUUGCAAUACAUAUUUUUAUUAUUAAAUGUGAGAACAA